GUCGCGCCCAAACACAGACUCGACACGAUGGCGGACGACAUUGCCGCCCCCGACGGGGCCUUGGCGGACCUGGAUCCCGAACUCGCAACCGAAUUUUCUCGGGCUGAGGCAGUAGUAACAACCCUCGUCUCCCGCCUACACUGCGACCCUGUGUCGUUGGAUCCCGCGCUGUGGCCGCUGCACAAUUGGCAGAGUUUGCUGUGGGCCCUCUCGCAGCAAGCUCGUCAUGGGUCGUGCGAUGACUGUCGUGGCCAAGCUAACUACGAAGUGUUUGCAGCUGCUUCAAGAAUGCACCCUUCCAGACCGUGGUUUGCAUCGUGCUGCGUUGGUCGCAUGGCCCGGGAUAGUUAUAUGAAGAAGUGGGAGCUGCUGGGGGCGAUGCCAUCGAUGGACGCAGCCACCAAGUACAUUGACAUUGUGAACGACGUCUUGCCAGGGUGGGAUGCUACCCCGGGCCCUGAUGUAGCCCUUCUCGCGGAAUGGACAGCCGAUGCAUCGUCGUUCUGCUGCUCGAAUUGCGGAGAAGGGUUUACGCUGCUCAACCGCCGCCAUCACUGCCGGCGGUGCUCCAAACUCGUGUGCGCACCUUGCUCGUCAACUCGCCUGGGGCUGCGGCUCUUCCCAGGACUGCCGCAAAAAAUGCUUCGCGUGUGUAAUGGCUGUGUAUCCGCCAUGAGUCCACAAGUGCGAUCGGCUUUGGCCAAGGGACUGCCGUUGCCACCGACCACGUCCGAAGCAGGACAAGCCACGACCGAGACGCGCACGGCCACGGUGAUUUCCAUCGACGAAGAGGAGCAAGAAAGGGGUAACAGUCCACCCCCCCAACAAAUCGCAUCGCCCCCCAAGCAAGAAGGGAAAAAGGUCGCCCCCAAGCAAGGCUUGAUCAAACGAGGAUAUGUCGAGCGCAUGGUUGGGUCUCGAUUUCAAAAGCGCUGGGAGAAAUUCUUCUUCGUGUUGCUCGUGCGGAAAGGAUCUGUGGGGAUAUACACCCACGAAGACGACAUGGCACCUGUGGAAGUGUACAAAUUGGCUGGGUAUACGAUUCGCGUCAAGAGUGAAAAGCGCCGUCCGCACCAGUUCAAGGUGGAGCAUGCGACCCUCACGCCCAUCCGACUUUGCGUGUCGUCCCUUCGCGAGAUGAACGAGUGGAUCACUGCGUUCUCGCAAGCCAUUGAUGCCUGCAAUGCAUCCGACACAAUCCGAGGCGAUUCCAAUCAUGUCGUGUAGAAGUGCAUUACCGUGUUUCUAUUGGUUAGCAACCUUUGGAAUGGACCAAUCACAUCGUAGAUUUCAUCCUAUAUCUUUGCAAACCAAGGCUGAUCGAUGAUGGGAAGGGGCGUCGCCUGAUGGCACACUCGACGACAACAAUGCAAGGAACAUCUGGAAAAGCCGCGAAAGCAACAUUGCGGAACGGAGGCUUGGCCGGCUCAACAUCAGACUGUAGUGCAGCUGUAGUGCAGAUAUGCCCCAUCGACUAAUAGACAUCGCUCGUCGCUG